ACAAAAAACGACACUCUUAACUAGCAUGGAGUGAAAUCGGUCUGCGUUACGACUUAGCCUUAGUUUCUGAAAAAUACACACACUUUUAAAGUUUUAAUUCUGUGUGUCAUAGAGCUGAAUCUCCAAAAAUUUGUAAUUAUAUUGAAAAGAAACCGGUCACUAAUUCGGAAUGUCUCAAAAGUUAAAGAAAUGUUUUUGCUUUCAACCAACUUUUUUUUUCGCCAUAGCGUUAAUUUGUUUGGGGAUUCUGAGUUUCAACUACUGGGAUUUAUAUGUUGGUUACAACAAUGUGUUUCAACAGCUGCAGGAAGCCAGGGAAAAGGAACAAGUAGCGUACCAGAAAAGGGACGAUUUUGAAACGUAUGCUGAGAAGAUGAAAAUCGAUUUAUACGAACUUCGAGAAGAAUUUGAUAGAUUAAAAUUUGAGUUUGGUAAAAAAGAUCAAUCUCUACAAGAAAAAAUAAAGAGCUGGUGCAGAAUACGGAAGAAGUGAAAAAUCUGACCAACAGAUUGGUGGAAUUGAACAAAAAGUCAUCCGAGCUUGAAACAUGUGAAAAUGAGUUGCAAGGUUGUCUAAAAGAUUCCAAGGAUAAAGAAGAGAACAAUAGCAAUCUUGAAGCUGAAGUAUCCACGCUUAAAGGUUAUAAUAAUCAACUUAAGGAGAAGUUCGAGAUAUUGCGAAAGAGAAUUCCAGAGGGCAUCCUAGAAGACAACAAGAUAAUGCAAGAAUUUCAGCAGAUAGGGGUUGCACAAAACCAAAAAGACACACAGUUCGAAAGGGACAGGCUUGAGUCUGAAGAAGAACAAAUCAAUAGCAAUAAAGAUGGAAUCAUAAACACCAAAUCGACUUUAAAAAGAAAGUUGCUGUCCCUUGACAACAGUGGCUACUAUGAUCAGUGGAAACCUGCUAAUGAAAAUUCAAACAUUUACAAUAAAAAACUCAGUUCAUCGCUUUACAAAUACGAGCAGCCUUUGGAAGAAAUUAUCAGUUAUAGUGUUGAUAAUGUAGAUUACACCCAGAAAGUUGAAAACAUUCCUGUUGUAUCACCUUACAGACCUAGAGUGAAAGUUCCUCUACCUUUAACAGUAUUCUCUUCUGGAAAUACGUUAGACUCGCAAAAAACUAGAUUUUCUAACACAAAUGUCCCUCUUUCACAACAACAGGAUCUACAAGCACAUGACGAAAACUCACAAUUAUUACCUGGAAUGUCUGUCCAAUCUGAUGAUUAUCGUCUGUCAGAAAAAAGGCCUAACGACAUUAUAUAUUCGAAAUUCGUCGACUUACAUAAUGCAUUAGAGGGAAGCCACGACAAGAUAAGCACAGAUGGAAGUCAAACAACAAGCUUUAUUUCUGGCCAAAAUAAUAGAGCAAUGCUUAAUGAUAUUAGGGGAAGUUUGGAAAGAUCUUACCAUUCGGUAGAUUGGAAAGAAAACGCUCAGAAGUUAACUGUAAAUGAUAGUGAGGAACAAAACAAGAAUGAAAGAUAUGUUAGGCCCUGGGAAACACAAGAUAAACGUAAAACAGAAGAUUUUAAUUGGAAACAAUCAGAUUAUGCUCAGAAUAAUAAACUGAAGGUUCAGUUAAAAGAUUCUCAAUUAGAAAAUAAGUCGAUGUCUCAACCAGUAUUUGAUUCGUACACAGAAAUAGGGCUUAAGUUAUCAGAAAAAAUGGAUGACACUGCUCCAGCCCAAAAUCUAAUACACAGAAAAAGAGAACGGGAAUUAGCUCUUCUUGACAAUAUUUCGAACAUUUUGAAUAAAGUCAGAAUACAGUUAAAUUAUGUGCAAUCAUAUCUACAUCGAUUUCCAGGCAACAAUAACUGGUAUCCAAUGGGGACACAAAGAUAUCGUCCAUUAGAGCAUAGCUAUAACAACGGAUACUCAGUAAACGCGCAAGAACAAAACUACUACAAUAGGUACCCAACAGAGACACAACCACAAACAUACCAUAAACACAAAGUAAAAGGAGUUCAGUCUUAUGGGAAUUACCGCAACGUUGAAAACGCACUGGAGUCUGCCUUGGAUAGAGGCACGGCGGGCUUUCAAAGAAAAAGGCCCUUGUGGCUGGAGUUGUUGCAGAGGUCACUGAUUCCCGAAGUAGAAAAGGACAAAAAUCCUGAAAGUGUUUUCAGUAGUAAAGAAAACCAAUAUUCAGGAAAUGUUUUGUCCAGUAAUUUCUUUAACCCAAAAAAUGCACUCGACUUCAGUUUACAAAAUGAAGUUCAAGAGAAAUCGAAUCUACCUAACCAAAGUUUGAACUCAUAUGAGACUCUUCAGAUCUCUGAUGCAUUCAACACCUCUAGAAUGAAUGGAUCCGAUGUUAUCCAAUUAGAGAAGACACAUCAGCGCUCUGAAGUUCCUGGAUACAUCUUUGAUACUAGAAAGACGAAAGAAGCUCCAAUCUUCGUAAGUGGGAAUCGUCGGACGAAUAUAACGAAGAGAAAUCGAGUAAACAACAGACCAACAACGAUGAAACCAAUUCGAAUCUUCUAUGGAAUAUUAAAGAUGAAACUAGCUACAACCAACGAAACGGAGAGUCAGGGAUCAAUAGAGAGAAAUCUAAUAAGAAAAGACAGUGGUAUGAACUUUUUUUCGAAUAAAAAAAUUGUAAAUGAUGAUUCCGACGAAGAUUACAGUGCAUCAUCUUUUUACUAUUAUGACGAAGGAGGAAUUCAAAUGAAUCAAAACCACAACAGCAACAUUGAUAUAAAACUGGCAAACAAUGACAACUCAUACAAUAAAGAAAGUGAGUAGUUUUCGGAGUGAGGGUCUGAUAGAAAAAUUGGGUUAUCCUAAUGAAAAUUAAUACGAAAAAUAGUAUACGAAAGGUAGAUUUGUCUGGAAACGGCAAAAUGUGAGUUUCAUUUUCUUAAACUUUAAAAGAUGGAAUAGUUUGAGUGGGUUUCCUCAAGUUUGGUAUGAUAAUGUUUGAAUGCACCAAUAUACAAUAUAUAGUUAUAAAUUAAACACACUAACAAAUUUAACUAGAUUUGUUUUUCUUUAGCUUUUUAUUAC